AUGAUCAACGCCGUCUUGGUCUUCAAUGGCCAAGGCCAGCCUCGUCUGACCAAAUUCUACACCCAACUGGACACGAGCAUCCAGCAACGGCUGAUCUCCGAGAUAUUCACCCUCGUCUCGAACCGACCCAGUGGCGCAUGCAACUUCCUUCCUCUACCGCCCCUGCUCGCAGCCUCUGGUACCUCCCACUCGUCCUCCGAACCUCACAACGAUGUGCCCUCGCUCGUGACCUAUCGCAACUAUGCCACCCUCUACUUCAUCGUCAUUUCGACGUCGACCGAGUCGCCGCUUGCCCUACUCGACCUCAUCCAGGUCUAUGUAGAGUCGCUGGACAAGCUGUUCGAGAACGUGUGCGAGCUCGAUCUGAUCUUCAACUUCGAGACUCUACACGCCGCCCUGAGCGAGAUGAUCGUCGGAGGUGUUGUAAUAGAGACCAAUUUGGAUCGCAUUGUGUCGGGUGUCAAAGCGCAAGGUACGGUAGCCAAGCGACCGGUCAACGAGUCGAGAGGCGGAACUUUGGGGGGAGGCCUUGGAAUGGGUGGGACUUUUGCCUGGCCUGGGCGGUGA